UUUGGUGCAAAUAUUUUUCAUAUUUGCAUGUUUGAAAGCACUUGGUUGUUGAAAAGAGUUUCAGUGUUCUUUCAGUGCAAACGUUCAACUUUGACUGAUAUUGUGAGUGUAUGCAAGUAAUCAAUUGGGAUAAUUCUCAAGAAUUAAUUUAGUAAUUAAUUGCAAUAAGUGCAUUUACGCGCCCGCACAGAAGAUAUGGUGAUCAAGAUCUCUGCUUAAUAGUGGAUUACCAUAACUACAAAAUGUUAGGCAGCGAGGAAGAACUUGAGCCUCAAACGCAUUCGGGAAUGACGAAAGCAGAAUUGAGGAGGAGCAACAAACCGAUUAUGGAAAAACGACGACGUGCUCGAAUUAAUCAAUAUCUCGAUGAGCUGAAGAAUUUCAUACUCGUUAGUGAAAAAGACCCAACUAGGCACUCGAAGCUCGAGAAGGCCGAUAUCCUCGAAAUGACGGUGAAGCAUAUACAAACGAUGCAGCGGCAGCAAUUGAGUACGGCCGUCGCCAACGAUCCGGUGGUACUAACGAAAUUCCGUUCCGGAUUUUCCGAAUGUGCUACCGAAGUAUCGCGAUACAUCAACCGCCUCGAGAACGUCGACCCUGCCAUCAAGCAACGAUUGGUAUCACACUUGAACAAUUGCGUGAGCCAUCUCCAGCAAAUGGCGCCAUUCUACAGCCAGUACGUGCCCUACAUGCCGGAACGCCUCUACCCGGAGGUAAAGGUUGGUUUCCAGAGCGAUUUCCAGAAUGGGGAUGAGAAUAACAACGGUAGCGCGAGAAUACAGAUACCGAACGGAGUCCAAUUGAUUCCGAGUCGACUGCCAACGGGCGAAUUGGCAUUCUUGGUGCCGCAAUCCGCCGGGAUCUCCGCGAAUUUUCCCUUUUUUCCACCAGCUACGGACGCAUCUACGAGGAUCGGUCAAUCGUCGGCUUUUACCGCCGUUCAUCGGCCGCACACCCCGCUACUAAGCCCUUCGACUUCCACGUCGAGUUACGGCGAUGAGAGUCAUCAUUCGGAACAUCCACGGGCGACGACGCCUAAUCAUCAUCAGCCGCAACAUCGAUUCAAAUUACUACCCGAACAGAGUCCUGCGUCCUCAAAGAGCUUCUCAUCCUCGCCAGAAACUCAGAAACCGCAAAUUAGCUCGACUAGUGACCGAAAAUCACCCACAUUCUUGGAAUCUAAGGCCGUGGAUGACAAUGUUGCAAAUAAAAAAGACGUCGCGGAAGGUUUGGACAAUGCCACUCAUACGAAUGGUACCGUGACGCACGAUUUGCGACAGCCGCUUUCCGUAAUUACAGACAAGACUUACAAUCGAGCCUCAAGUGGCUUGCUGCUCAAGAGAGACGGUCUCAAAAGACGUCAUUCCGACGGGCUUUUGGCGAUCUCAGAUAAGAGACCAAGAUAUCAAGAACCCACUAGUUCGACCUCCUCGAUGAAUAAUACCGAUGUGCUUAAGAGCACAAAUGAGCAAUCUCCCGCAAUUCCUACCCAAGAUUUGCCCGGAAGUCAGAAUUGUCAGACACCGCGAAAUUGCAAUUCAAAUUCCGAUAAGUUCCCAGCAAGCCCAGCAGGUUCUUUUGCUGCUAAUGGAGAUAUGUGGAGACCCUGGUGAUCGUUAUUGCUAAAAAUGAAAGAUUAAAAAUAUUACGAAAUUGAACAAUUAUUUUGGAAUUAUGU